CUGCCGCAGUUUCAUUUCUGCGACAAAAAUCGUUGAAUCGGAAAGCUAUGCUAAAAAUUCAGAGUCAACUUGGAGGCUGUUAGAAAAUAAACUUAAAAUAAUGAUUCAAUUGUAUUUAGAAUACUUUUCUGAGUUAAAUUCCGUCGAUGAAACACUUUUAAAGGUGCCAGUUGAAAGUUACAUACUGCUAGCACUAUGUAAAUAUUUGUAUCCUGUUGAGAUUGAACGACAUGUUCAGAUUAAUUUUGCUCAAUGCAAAACUAAUCGUGAGAGUCAUGGGGCGAUUGUUGUGAAUGUAGGACAGUUUGUAGCUAUUUUCUAUAAAAAUGAAAACUGGCCAAGUCCUGCUACAUAUUGUCAGUUGCCAACAUUAAAAACUAAUGAUUGGAUUAUCUCUGGUUUAUGUGGAAUUUGUCGACGAAUUGCAAAAAGUCACACCGAGUACUCUGAAAAUCCCAAGCAAAUUCUAGGCUUCAAAGGAAAUACACUUUUAGCUCCAGCCGAGAUAUCGAUGUGGACACGAUUUUGCGAAGUUGAUAUAAUAAAGUGCGUUCGUGAAGUACUGCAGCUGGAAAAAUGUUUUUCCCUCACUUUACCGGAGGAUAUAGGUAAAUUGGAAAGCCACCUAUCGCAGCCUCUCAAAGUUCAUAACAUUUACAAACUGAUCAAUAACUUGCAAAACGUAAAAAUAUCCUCCCAACAGGAGUACGACAAAUUGAACGCCAACGCCGAGCGUUUUGAUUUUUAUGCUAAUCACAAGUUCGCUGAGGGUUACGAAAAAACGCUUGCUGACAUAAUCCUAUUUGUUUGUGUAAAUUUAAUACACCGUCGAAUACCGUUGGAAAACCUGAACGAGAAGCUGCCAAAAAUUAUCACUUGGUAUAGACUUGUGGCAUCCGAUGAUAAUGGAGAACUGAGUCAAAUAUGUGAUGACUUAAUUUCAAAUUCGCAACAGCUACAGCCAAACCUUGCGCAACUGGAAGUUAAGCAAGUCGCCGUGAAGGUCCCCGACUGUUACAGUUUGUACAAGUCGGACACGAAAAAGCUGAAUCUUCUGGGUGAACGUGUGCUCACGACUAAUCAAGCGGAGGUAUUAAGCAUUUUGAACAAAAUUGCUGUUUUGAAGAUCGACAUAGGCAGUCUACCAAAUGACCGGAAUGUUAACCUGUUUGACUGGGAGACAGUGCCGCUCAUUGCGAAACCCGAAGGUGGUAAACUUCCUUCGAAGCGCCUGGAACGAAAAAGACAUCAGCUAGAAUGUUUGGCAAAUGAAGUGAUAGCUUUGGCUCGUCCAGGCGACAUCAUCGUUGACUUUUGCUCCGGUACUGGUCAUUUGGGUAUUUUGUUAGCCUUUCUCUUACCCGAUUGCACAAUAUAUCUACUGGAAAACAAGGAAGAAUCACAGCAGCUGGCAAUGGAACGAAUGCAACGUUUAGGUCUAAGCAAUAUCGUUUAUUUCCAGUGUAACUUGAAUUAUUUUACUGCUCGCUUUGAUAUCGGCGUAUCUCUGCACGCAUGUGGAAUCGCCAGUGACAUCGUUUUGGAAAAGUGCCUGCAACAACGCGCGAAAUUCGUGUGUUGUCCGUGUUGUUACGGGAAGUUGAGCGAAUCGGAGGCGAUGCAGUAUCCGAGAAGCGAACUUUUCCAGCAGUCCAGUUUGUUACUCAAAGAGUAUCUGUGCAUUGCUCAUUGCGCUGACCAGACACAUGAUUUAAGCAACAGCAAAACCAAUUUGGAAAAGUCACAUCAAGGUUUCUACUGCAUGGACAUAAUCGAUAAGGACAGAGCCCUGCGUGCCGAGCAGUUCGGCUACAAAGUUUUGCAGAAGCGACUUAAACCAGAAAAUUGUACCAUGAAAAAUAGAAUGCUGAUUGGGAUUUUAUGAUACUACUGAUUGCUUUUUCGAUAAAUAAAUAUUAGUUUAUUUUUUAGUUCG